UGUAUAAGCUUGAAACAUUCGCUUCCAAUUUUUCUGGAAAAGUAAGUAAGGAAUAUAUGCUUCUGGCUCUAUCUUACAACUACUUUUAAGUACCAAAUACGAAGUAAAUACUAAAUAAGUAGGAUGGUCUUAAUGAAUACCAAAAUAGUGGAUAUAAGUAUUAACAUAACAAACGCGACACAUAGACCUUCAGUUGUUAACAGAAUGGAAAAUGUAAGUGAGCAAAAAUGGUUUUCCUUCCCCUGUUUGGUACUUACUAGCUGAUGUAAGCGUGUGGUUUUUUUAUCUACAAGUAUUUUUCACUCCGUUUUAAAUCCGGAGAACGUCAUUAAUCGUUCGACUACAGUGGCCACAGUUGAAAACCAAAACCAAGAAGGGCGCCAUUGAUUUGUGUGCGACACAUUCGAGCAAGUCAAAAUAUGACGACAGUCUACUAUUGCUUUUUUUCUCCUCUCCUUGUGGAAGUUUUUUUUGCAACUCUAAAAUUAAAACACACUCUAGCAGAAGCGUACUUUAAAGAAAUAUUCAUUUGACUUUCAAAUUCUUGCUACGGCUCAUGUCUAGGACGUGUUGGGUUAGAAUAAUCGGUGAAGAAAAGAAAGAAAAUGUUUUAUACGUACAGUUUUUGCCGUUUCUUAAAGUUCAUUGGCUAUUGAAAUCGUAGCACAAUACAUUGUAAUCGAAGCUCAUAAAAGCUUCCGACUCAGCCGAUUUGCGCUGAGCGGAGCUCAGGAGGGCGGAAGGGAGCGAAGCAAUAAUAGGAAUGCGAUUAUUUAUCCAUCAUUGAACAAGCAUUUCAAUAAACAAGCACCAAAAACGGUCGCUUCCAUCGAACCUCCCCGGGCCUGUCAGGCCACGGGGUAAAAGGGAAAAUGGUAAAUCAAUCAACGGUGUUGUUACUGUCGCGUACUUGCUUCAUUCGGUGCUUUUGCUCGCGCCUACCUAUAGGUUCUCUUGCCAACUGUCUAACGUUUUACCCAUCCGGUCGUUUUGUCAAUAACCGUCAUUUCCGUACAAGCGGAAGAAGGGAAGUGACCGUAUUAGUAGGGGUGGGUGGGAAGCGCUACGAUCUCCAUAUGCAUCGAAUGGUGGGGCGGGGGGGAUGGCGUUGGUACGACAGGGAAAUGCUAUUUGGUUGAAAUGGUAUGGUUUUGAAGCUGACACACAUUUUGCAACAGCCGAAGGCCACCUGAUUUCGGUGUGAUGAAUGCACCCGGGAAUAACCUACAACGUGUGGAGGUGCGAUCCGAGAGGGAUCGGGCACUGCAGUUCGUUUCAAAUUUGAUUCUUCUAUGUUUGGUUGUCGAUUCGAAUGUAAUGGACGACAGUGACCGGUCAGAGGCGCAAAAAAAAACGUGUUGUCCGGAUGGCAAAUUUGUGAACUGUUUGCAAACACCAGUGAGCAAUCACACGAGCGCAAAUGGAGCUGACGAUUCGGGGAAAGCAUAAUUUAAUCUCACCCGCUUUGCUAACGGUGCUAGACGAUAAAUUAUUGGAGGGAAAUGAAGCAUUUCAUGUCUAUGAUUCCUUGACGGGACGAUCGCAAACAUGUUAUGAUUGCUUGCUAUUGAAAAUUAAUAGACAACAGUUGUACCAAACUUUUGAGGCAAAUGGGGUGAUUCGUCCGUUGAAUUUCAUGAGAUGUUUUUAUUUUUAUAAAAAAUCACAUUAAAUGCAUGUGAGUAUUUUGUAGUUUUGUAAAUCGAAUUGAAAGUAGCAAAAAUUCAUAGCCGGCUUAUCGAUUGGACACACUACAACCAAUUGAACCGUGAUUAGAUAACGAUUGGACGCACAGCAAUAUAUUUUACCAUCCUUGACCCAGCUGUUGAUCAGUUGGUUUUGGUAUUAUUUGGUGUUUUUGUUUUUACAAACAAUUUAAUCGCAUACACAACUGUGCUUGGUUUUGUUAAGUGAUUCGUCUUUAUCAACGCGAAAGUAAGAUUAUUCCGACUUUAUAGGUGUGUGUCUGAUUUAGUGUCUUGUUUACAACACAUCUUCGAACGAACGCUUCCCGGCUCUUAUCGCAAUCAGUUUCACACAUACCAGUUUGCAAACACUUCUCACAACAACGGCUCAUCGAAUCUAGGGGUACUACCAGUAUUUCGGUCCAGCUGCUCCGAUUGCAUUGCAUCCUUCUUCAGUUCCGCCAAACGACGCUGUGUGCUCGGAUCGAUCACGCAAAGUGUCCGUCCGUGGUUGCAGCAUCCAACGGAAACGAACCUAUCCGAAUCUCUCCGGUCCGUGGUGUUUAAGUGUUUUUUUUUGUUUUCCGGGUCGGGGAAAGCGGCAUUCCCUCAGUGUUGCAGGUGAAGCUUUCGUCAGCUUUACACAUCGGACCGAUAUAACACUCACACAAGGAUUUGUGGCGCAAUCGGUGAGACGGCGGUUGUCCUUCUGAAAGUAGAAAUAAAAAAACAACCCUCAACAACAACAGGGACAAAGAAAUCCUUUAUCGACAAUGAAUAUAUGCGUCGUUGGUGCGGGUGUCGUCGGUUUGACGACCGCGCUGGAACUACAGCGUGAGAUGCGGAACGCCAAUGUCACCAUUCUAGCUGAUCGGUUCGAGCAGGACACAUGCAGCGACGUUGCGGCUGGCCUAUUUCGCCCCGGAACUAGCUUUUCCGGCCCGACAGAGGAAAUCACCAGGAAAUGGAUUUCAGACGCGUACAACCACUGGGAUGAACUUCGCAAGACGGAACAAUCAGCCCGUGCCGGUGUGUGCCAGCUGUCGGGCUAUAUUUUUUCCAGCCGUGAUCCUGCCAUUGUUAGGAAUCACUACAUCGAAAAGGUCUUGCCAGUGUAUCGUGCUGCUACCGAGCAGGAACUUCAAAUAUGUCCGGGCGAAUGGAAGUAUGGGUCGUUUUUCACCACCAUCCUUACCGAGUGUCGGCUGUUUCAACCGUGGGCGACAGAAAGGUUUCUUGACAAUGGUGGACGGAUUGUUACUGUUGCCUUGAGCAGCUUGCAGGAGCUGCGCGGCAAGUACGACGUGGUCGUGAACUGUACCGGUUUGGGGGCCAAGCGGUUGUGCAACGAUCAUAAACUGGUACCCAUCCGCGGGCAGGUCAUAAAGGUACGAGCGUCCUGGGUGAAGACGGCGUUCUAUGCGGACUUCGAUACGUACAUUAUUCCGGGCUUCCAGGGUGUAACGCUCGGGGGUUGCCGUAAUUUUGAUAGCUACAAUACGGAGGUCUCUCGGCAUGAUUCUGCUGCGAUUCGUGAGCGGUGCGAAUCUUUGCUGCCAAGCUUGAAAGGGGCACCUGUUAUACGGGAAACGGUCGGGUUGCGACCGCAUCGUGAUCCUGUGCGCGUUGAAAUUGAAUUACUGCCUACAUCAAACGGAAAUCUACGCAUCGUACACAACUAUGGUCAUGGAGGGUAUGGGGUAACGACUGCACCCGGAACGGCAAAAUACGCGGUCCAACUUGUGAGGGAAGCAUUGCAAUCUAAUAGUAAACUGUAAAUAUAUUAAGUGUAGUUAGUUUGUGUGGAAAUACAUUUUGUUCAUACGAAACAGAUAUGAGUUUGAAUAAUAAUAGGAGAUAAUUAAAAUAAGAGAUCGA